AUGAAAGUUGGUGGUACAAUUGCAUAUGAUAUGCAAAUACAAGCACGACAACAUUAUGGAAAUUUAACAACAUGGAGUUUAAAUGAUAUUUUAAAUAAAAUUGGAUUGGAUUCAAAGGAAGAUCUUUCUAUUGAACAUAUAGAUUGUCAGGCUCCAAAAGAAAUUUACGAAAAGUUAUUCAAAAAUGUUCAAUAUUCAUUAAUGUCCAAGAUAUCAUGUAUCACAGUUCAAGAAUAUGCAUUAGGCAAUAUGACAAAUAUGAUUAAUAAUUUAAUCGUUGAUUAUUCUUAUAGACGAAAUAUUAACCUUUCGUUUAGUUAUAUGAAAAAUGAUAAAUUUAAACAGAAAUAUUCAGGAGGAUAUAUGAGAGAACUGAAAUAUAAGGGAUUUUCAAUAACUCCUAAAAGAGUAUUGGACUUUAAUUCAUUAUAUCCAAGUGUGAUGAGAGAAAAGAAUAUUUGUCUUUUGAUAUUUUCAGAUACAAAGAAAAAAGGAAUUGAAUAUCAUGAAAUAUUAUUUAAUAGAAAGACUGCUUAUUUUGAAAAAAAUAAAGAAGGAUUGAUACCAUAUAUUUUAAAAUCACUUGUAGAUCUAAGAAGUCAAGCAAAAGUAGAUAAAAAAAAUAAUAAGGAUGAUGAAUUUAAAUAUAAUUAUUAUGAGGAAUUGCAACUAGCAUUAAAAAAAUUAGCAAAUUCUAUCUAUGGACAAUUUGGAAGUAGUUUGUCUAUUCUUAACAAUUACAUGAUAUCAGCAUCAGUUACUGCAUUUGGAAGAAAGUAUUUAGUUGAAGUAUCAGAAUUUGCAGAAUCUCGAAUGGUUAAAGAACUUAAUAUUUCAGAAUUUAUUUGGGAGUAUUCAGAUACGGAUUCGAUAUUUGUUUCAAGAAAUCCGUAUUUUACAAAUCAAAUGAUUCAUCGAUAUAAGGAAAAAUAUAUUUAUGAAUUAAAAUUCAUAAAUAUUGAACAAUAUUAUAUGAUUAUUAAUGGACAAGAUAAAAAAAAUAUAUGGAUGAAACACGUGUUUGAAAAUAUAACAGAAGAAUUUAUCAAAUAUUUGUAUCAAAAGGAAACAGAAUUAGAUAUGGAAUUAUUUGAAAUGACAGGAAGAAACAAUACUGAAAAUGAUGAUGAAGAAAUUUUGAUAAUUGAAAUAAUGCAAACUAAUGCUUUUAAAACAAAUAAUUGGAAAUAUGAAAAUGGAAAGAUUAUAUUAUAUGAAAAAAACAAUUGA